CGAGCACAGCUGACUGGGACGCGCCGCUGACCGCGCAGUUCGCAGUUCUCCGGGCCUGGUCUGGGGCGAGCCCGGGAAGGGACCACCCCGCUACCGCGGCCGCGACCCCCAUGGGGAUGUGCUAUCCCUGUCCCACGGAGGCCGAGCCUCCCUCGCCAGACCUGGAAGAGAAAAGAGCAAAGCUUGCAGAGGCUGCAGAGAGAAGACAGAAGGAGGCUGCAUCUCGGGGCAUUUUGAAUGUUCAGUCUGUGGAAGAAAAGAGAAAGAAAAAGGAAAAAAUGGAAAAACAAAUUGCUACAUCUGGACCCCCACCAGAAGGCGGACUUAGGUGGACAGUUUCAUAAAGCAUAAAAUGAGUGGAAGAGUGUACUGCCAGGAACUAAAAUCUGCAAUCAAGUGGACAUCCUCAAUUUAAUUUCUUCUCUUUGAAUAAAUGAAGAUUCAGACUUUAUAA